AUGACCUCCAAAGUUUUCCUUGUUGUAUUUAUUCUAGCUACAACGUUAUUACUUCAAAGCGAGGCUUUUCAUGUUGGAACGGCGGGCGAUCUCCGUCAUGGAAAGAAACGCGAUUCCCUCCCUGGUCGUAUACAGGUAAAAUACAUCCUUUUAAUCCCUGCGAAAAUUCCCGACCCUCGCCUCAUCUCUUAGAAAAAGCUGUAAAAAAAGGUGAAUUUCAAAAAAAGCUCGUCAGCUUUAGAAUGAGCACUUUUAAUAACUUGUAACUAUGUAAGUCAAUCAAUUUCCACAAAAACCUCUUCAGCAGUUUCUAGCAGUGCUUUCACAUGGCACUAUUUAUCUAGUAUGUUGUUCUUCCCUCAGAGUCUGUGGAUUAAAUCUUAUGAUGUGACCAUUCAAAUGAAACCUCUUUGGCAGUACUUUCACAUGGUACUGUUUAUUUGUACUGUGUAGUUCUAACUUUUGAGACUCUGGAUGAAAUCUUAUGGUGUGACCCUUCAAAUCAAAACCUCUUCAGCAGUGCUCUCACAUGGUACUACAGUUGUAUUUAUUUAGUGUAGCUCUAGCUUUUGAGUCUGUGGAUGAAAUCUUAUGAUGUGACCAUUCAAAUGAAACCUCUUUGGCAGUACUUUUACAUGGUAGUACUUAUUAGUAAGGCUUUCUCACUUUUGAGUUUCUCGACAGCAUACUGCAAUCACCAUUUAUUUACUAUGCAUUAAACCUUUAGGUCUUUGGACAAAAUAUUCCAUUCUAUGACAGACCAUUCAGAUGAGAUCUCUUCAAUUAACUUAACUCAGUUCACAAGGUUGCAUUUAGUUUUUUAUAUUUUGCAAGAGAGAAUAAGUCAGAGAUUUUUUGACUUUUGGACUAUCAGUGAGGAAAGGAUUUUGGUGGUGGAAUGAAGAGGAUAACUGCUAAGUACGUAGUUCGCCUGACUUCCUGUCUGUUGAUGUUUUUUUAAUUUUUUAGCUUCCAGACGAGUAUACACCGCAAUAUUUGUGCACCAUCUGUGCAAGCGUUGCACCUAUUUGCCGAAAACCAGCGAGGGGGCGAUCCGUGGAAACCUGGAAACCAAGCAGUGAAGAAAAAUGAAAUCUUUAACAAUGGCUUAAUGUUGCCAACAGAACACUGCCCAUGCUGUGCCUAUCGUAAAGAAAACUGUAGCUUUUAAACUGAUGAGAAAUGAGCAAAAGGGAAUUGUUGAUAAAUUAAUUAAUAAAGCAAGACUAACAAGU